UAAGCGCUGAUAAUAGCAAAAAAACAACCGGAAGAAUGAAAACUUCCGUAAGACAUAUCGGUUUGGCGAUCCAAACUAUGGGGUAUCAACCCGUAGAAGAAUUUGUUCGUUCAACAAUCAACGAGGGGGAACAAACGCAGAAUCGGCUCUUACGAAUGAAAUCUCAAUAUAAGAUUAAUGAUACGGAGCAUGAACCUAAAGAGCAAGUUAUCGAUUACCAAGAACCAGAAGAUAAAAGCCAAGCUGAAGUUAUAUACUCAACGUUUUCUUAUAUAUCAUUGCUGAGAAAGUUAGAGCUUCUUAAGAAAAAACCUUCACCACUAAAAUCACAUUCAUCUACUUUUCUUCAGAGCUUAUUUCCAUUGCCAGACACAAGUAAUAUGCUCAAACUUGAAGAUAAUCAAAGCUCUACUGAAUCGACUGCUGAACAGUCAACGGACAUUAAUAUUGAUGAAACAAACGAAGCACACGGGGAACUUAUGAAACCAGACGAUAAUGAGGUCUCAACAGAAUUCUCUUCGGAUACGACUGAAGACGAUGAAUUGUUGACCUGUCCGAGUAUUUGUUUAGAAACUGAAACGAAAAAAGAGUUAAAUUAUGAAGAUAUUCAUAAUAUAACACUGGAGAAUAGAGAGGAUACUGAUGAAGAAGAACCGAAUAAGUCACAGGUAUUACCGCAAAUACAGGAUUCAAUGAAUAAACAGAUGGUGUUUGACACGGAAGCCUUUCUCAGUGCACUUAUAGCUGAUGCUGCAGACAAAUGCAAAUAUAAUGAACCGAAUACGUUUCUUCAGCAUAACCUCGAUAAGCCGCUUUUAUUAAAUGAGCUUAUAAAAAAGCUCAGGGAAUUAGAAGUUGAGCGAAAGAAGCGCAUAUAUCUAAUCAAAGGUGUAGGCAUGUUUUGCAACAGCAAAGGUAAACAUCGGGUUUUAGCUGAAGACGCUCCGCACAAUAUUGAGGCACUGAAGCAAAACUACCAAGAAGCUUUAAUAGAACUCGAUCGAACUUUAGGUAAAGAAGAAAUCCUUAAAAAAGAAGUGGAAGUGAAAAAAACUGAACUUGAACGCAAGCUCUCAAUGCUGCAGGGUAAAGACGAUACAAAAUUGCUGGAGUUGGAACGACUCAUUGCAGAAACCUUUGGUGACAAAACAGAACACUUAAAAAUGAUUGUUAAGACCGAACUAAAUACAAUGAGAAAAGUACGCGAUGAAGUAUCGGCACGACGUUGCGAGUUGAUCCAAAUACAGCAUACGCAUUUCAUACUUAAGGAGAAAGUAGAUAAGUUCAGAGAUCUGAGCGAUAGCGUGACAUAUUCUGACUAUGAGCAAAUGUAUGGUACUGUUCUGGAGUUGGAAAAGAAAUUGAGAGACUUUCAUUUAUUUCAUUCACUAUCUAGCAAGGAUAUUAGAUUCUAG